AUGGACCGCAUACGAAAACGCGAGUUACUCUCGCUCAACCAGCGCGCGUGGGAUGGCGAACUAGAUGUCUUCCCCGUGAGCUCGUCACUUGAUACUUCUCUCAGGAAAAAUACUGCCUUUAUCAAGCGAUUGCGAACUGCCAUCACCCCCGCGACGUUAAACACGUUUCUGCAAGAUAUACGAACCCUGAGUCUCACCAAAUACUUAUCCGAAAUCAUCUCAGCAUGUUAUGAAGGAUUGGGCAAGCUUAAGACCCCCGGAGAAAUCGAUGCGGCCGUCGAGAUCGUUAGCGCCUUACACCAACGGUUCGGCCCUUCCGAAUUUACAGAAUAUCUAGGAUGGCUUCUUGGCAAGGGAAUGGCUACCCCGGAUAAGAGUCUACUAAAGUCUCUAGCCCCCGAGCUUCGCGAGAAGGAAGAGAAGGAACGUCUCGUUCGACAACGAGCUCUUCUAAGAGUCAUUACCGAAUUGUGGCUUGUCGGCGUCCUCCGAACCCUUGACGACGUUAAACCUGAUGACGCCACACGUAGUGUCAACGGAAAGAACGCCGAGUUAAAGAUCAAAUCGACAAGUUCUAUGAAGGGUGGUGGUGCUGAGCCUUUUCCUCUCGAAGUACUUAAGGACCUCCUAGGUUACGAUCGAGAGCAUGUGAAUUUACCCCUUCUAGUUAUCUUUGUUAAAUCCUUUGGUUGGGAUAUCCUAGGGGUUAAAUCUGUCGGAUCAGAGGGCCGCAAGACCGUGGAAGAAGACGGCGCUACCAAAUCUGCAGAGAAUACCUCGGAACGAACCGAAGGCCAGGAAGAAGCCAAUGCAUCUGACUCUGAUGACCCUCCUUUUGCCAGCUCUGAGCUGCGGGAGCGAUUCAGAAACAUCCUUAAACGUUACUUCGAGGAUGUUAAGGCGCAUCUAGUCCGGGAUCAGAAGAAUAUCGCUACUCAGCGUGGCAGAAACUCGGAAGCAUAUGUCAAAUCCGGAGAAGUGUUCGAGGAUCGCCAGGCCAACUUCGAACGACAGUUAAAGGCUCAAGAACGUCUCGUUAGCAAUGCUCAGGUCAUAGCGGAUGCAAUUGGUGCUGAGAUGCCAGAUCUCAAGGAGGCCGGAGACGGUUUCUCGUCUACUAAUGGCGCUAUUGGUUUGGUCAAGACUGGGGAGUAUUUACGCGGGCAGAGUGAAGGCGCAGGUAUCUGGGAAGACGAGGACGAGCGCCGCUUCUACGAAAACCUGGUGGACCUUAAAGGCAAGGUACCUGGUAUACUGCUGGAGGAUGGCAAGAAGAAGAAAACCGACACGGAUGAGCAGGUUGGCAAGAGAACCGAUUCUAACGAGACUACGGAGCCACCUAAGCCUUCGGAAACGAACGACGAUCAGUCAACCGCCAUCGCCAAUAAGACCAUUGGCGCGCAAGUAGACGUUCUACUAACCCGGUUGCCAGAGCUUACUCACAAAGAUGCUGUCGAUCAAGCAGCGAUCGAUUUCUGCUUCUUGAAUUCCAAAGCGUCCAGAAACCGCCUUAUUAAAGGACUUACCGAAGUUCCCAAGGGCCGCACGGAUCUCCUACCGUUUUGGUCUCGUCUUAUAGCUACGCUUGGUCGAUAUAUGCCUGACGUCCCUAAAGGUGUGGUGGAGUAUCUUGAUGCGGAGUUUCGCAGUCUUCAGCGGCGAAAGGAGAAGGAUUUUCUUGGGCAAGUGCGAUUGAGCAAUAUUCGCUACUUGGCUGAGCUCACGAAAUUCGGUAUCGUGCCCGAGCAUGUCGUUUUCCAUUGCUUAAAAGUUAGCCUUGACGAUUUCUCCAGGAUGAAUAUCGAGAUCAUCUGUAACCUUCUGGAGAACUGCGGCAGGUAUCUGCUCCGUAACGCUGAUACCUCACCUCGCAUGGCAACCUUCCUAGAGACUCUUCAGCGCAAGAAAUCUGUUCAGCACAUUGGCCAGCCUGAGCGCAUGCUCAUCGAGAAUGCGAUAUAUUACGUCGAUCCGCCGGAGAGGGCCUCGAUUCAGCAAAAAGAGCGAACUCCUACCGAACUGUUCAUCCGCAAGCUCAUCUACGUCGACUUAACCAAACGUAAUUAUACCAAGGUUCUCAAGCAGAUUCGCCGGCUCCAUUGGGAAGAGUCCGAGGUAGUAGCCAUUCUUACGAAAGUGUUUUCAAGGCCUGCCAAGGUGAAGUACGGUAGCAUACACAUCCUUGCGAUACUGCUUAGCGCCAUCUACCGCUAUCAUCCAGAUUUUACGGUUACGGUGAUCGAUAACGUUAUCGAAUCUGUGACGUUUGGGCUAGAACAGAACGACUUCAAGUUCAAUCAGAGGCGAAUUGCAGAGGUCAAGUAUUUGGGUGAGCUCUAUAACUACCGGAUGUUAGAGCAUCCUGUAAUAUUUGACACCAUGUACAGGAUCAUGACACUUGGCUAUAAUGGUGUACCUGUCCCUGGCCGACUCAAUCCCUUCGACUUACCUGAUGACUUCUUCAGAAUUCGCUUGGUAGCUACAAUGCUAGAGACUUGUGGCAUGUUCUUCAAUCGAGGCGCCGCAGGGAAAAAGCUUGACUAUUUUCUUUCAUUCUUACAGUAUUACAUAUAUACAAAGCAACCUCUCCCUAUGGAUAUUGAGUUCAUUGUCCAGGAUACUUUUUCUCUCACUAGACCGCAGUGGAAACUAGCAACCACUCUAGAGGAAGCCGCUAAAGCGUUUCAACUCGCAGUGGCGCAGGACCAGAAGAAUGCUGGCCUGGACAAGAGCGUCGAACAAGAUGAGGCCUCUAGUAACGCUUCCUCUGAUGAUGAAGGCGAUGGUGGCGAAAAUGAAGGUGACGGUGAUGGGGAUAAUGAUAUCGUGCUCCCAGAGGCUGACGGGGACGACUCGGAUCUCGAAGAGGAUGAUGAUGCCGAGGACGCGGAAAACCAGCCGCAAUCUCCCGAGGAUGAGUCGGAAGAAGAAGCUAUAGUGGUGACAAGGAAAGCCGAAGAGAUUGAUCCGGAAGAUGAAGCAGAUUUUGAACGUGAGUAUGCAAAGAUGAUGGCUGAAAGUUUAGAGUCUCGCAAAUUCGAUCGCAAGCCGCUAUUCGAUGUUCCGCUACCAGUCCGACCCAAAACUCGCGAUGUUUCCUCGACUACAGACACUGAUGGUGCAAACGGAGAGAAUGCACCGAAUACGAUGGCCUUCUCUCUGUUAACGAAGAAAGGCAAUCGCCAACAGACACGAACUGUCGCACUUCCUUCGGAUUCGACUUUUGCGGUUGCCAUGAAGACGCAGCAGCAAGCGGAGCGGGAGGAGCAACAACGUAUCAAGAAUCUGGUGCUAAACUAUGACCUUCGCGAGAGCGAAGAUCCCGAUGGUGAUACUCUUUUGACCCCACUCAAUCCCAACAGAAAUAUUCACACUUCUAUUCGUCCAGGUCACGACAAGCCGACUUCGUAUCAUACCAACCGCUCAGAUAAGUCGGGCAGAGAGCGUAGCGGACAACGCGUCCGCAGAUUACAACUCAGCGAUGUUGAUUGGUAUGGAAAUUCCACGGACCGAAAGGUCAAACAAGAUGAUAUAAGUCACAACGGCUCAUUUGCUAGCACUGCCCCUGGAGAAUUAGCUCCAAGCCGAGUGGAUGGAAGCACUAUGAGCACUAUGAGCACUAUGAGCAAGUGUCAUAAUCCCCUCGUAAAUUCCCAGAUCAGCCGAGCAAAUCGGCGUGGACGUGGGAAGCGCUGA